GUGCAGGCUCCCGAUCCAGAGUGCCUGUUUUCCUUCCAUGCCGGGGGGAUCCAGGGCAUGGACGUGUCACCGAAAUCCCACCUGAUGGCCACGAUUGCUCUGGACCGUUCAGUCAGAGUUUUUGACUUCCUGUCCAACAGAGAACUGAGCACCAGCCGCUUCUUUCAGGCUGGAACCGCUCUCAUCUGGGCUCCACCUGUGGUGAACCAGGGUGGGGGUUUGCUGGUGACAGGUUUUGACGACGGGGUGGUCCGGUUGCUGGAGCUGUUCGACCCUCAGAGGGUGUCUGCGGUCACCAGGCGCCAAAACAAAGGAGACGCCGGACUUCACCUCAAACAAGCCUUCAAACCCCACAAUGCACCUGUAACUGCUGUGGCGUAUGAGCGAAAUGGAGACAUCUUAGCCACAGGGAGCUCAGACUGCACUGUGUUCUUCUUCACUGUCGGGGAAUCUUACAGUCCCAUCGGCUUUGUCCGUGUUCCUGGGCCGGUGCAGGGGCUGGAGUGGUCCCCUCACUCCCACAGUGAAAACCGGCUGCUCAUCCUGUGUCAGAACGGUUGUGUGGUCGAGGUCCACAGUUCUGAUCUGAAAGCUCAGAAGCCAACGGAGAGCUUUGAGCUGCUGGAGCUGCCUCGUAGAUCCUUCAGGUUCAGGAGCAUCAAAUCUCGAAUCAAGAGAGAGGAGGAAAAGGCAAGACGUCAAGCUGAGAAGGAGAAGAAGAAGAAAGAUUCGUUAAAAGAAUCAAAGCUGGGAGAAGCGGAAGAGGAAGAAGAGGAGGAGGAGGAGGAGGAAGAAGAGUUACCACCCAUCUACAUGCCCCAAACUCCGAGUCCUCUCUACUGUGGCUUCUACUCACAGUCUGGACACUUCUGGCUGUCAAUGGGAGGCUUCGACUCAGGCUUCUUGUAUCACUGUGAGUUCUCUGAGAAGCAGGACGAGGAUCCGGAGCAACGGGAGGAUGAGCCCUUUGACUUCUUACCUAUUGACGAGACAGAUGACGACCCGAUUCGCUCCGUCACCUUCAGCUCCAACAGGCAGAUGUUGCUCUGCGGCAUGCACUCAGGCUCCAUCAGGGUCUACCUGCUGCAGCCCGGGGACCACAGCCUCUCCUCCAUGAAGGCCUGCCGGGCACUCAGUGUUCACGACAACCAUUAUGGACACCUGCGGCACAUUCGCUGUAGCCAUGACGACAACUUUGUGCUGACAGCGGGUGACGACGGUAACAUCUUCUCCUUCAGCUUGCUUCCUCUGGAGGAGCUGCAGAGGAGCCUGCAGAAACAGAGGGCCGAGAUUCCUCCACCCAGGGUUGGUUUUGAAAAACAGCCAUAUGCUCAUGACAUUGAGAACUCUGCAACUGACAGCAUAGCGACGGCGAAACAGAAGCUGGAGAAGGAUCGUCUGCAGCGGGAGGUGGAGCUGAAGAUCACCGCCAAGAGGAGGAAGCUGGACGAGCUCAAGAGGAAGUUCCAACAGGUGCUGAAGGUCAACGAGAGUCUGCCAGAGCACGUUCGCCUGAAGCCUGAG